GGCGCGGGCGCCCGGGGGCGGAGGAGCCGAGGAGGCGGGAGGCGGGAGGUGCCGGGGCCGUUUAAGCGGCCUCCCUCCCGCCCCCAGCCGCCUGCUCUGGCCCGGGCCCUGUGCUGACCCCCGGAGUGGCCCACACCGGCCCUGCCCAGUUGCGCGGCUCCAGGCUGGCACGCCGGCGGCCUCGGGAGCAGCUCAAGCCCAUGAGGCCCGUGCGCUCCACCGCCGGUGCAGAAGAGACGGAGCUCCCGGCCCCCGCGGAGGAGCGGAGGAUCAAUGCGGUUCAGGAAUCGAUUCCAGCGUUUCAUGAACCAUCGGGCCCCAGCCAAUGGCCGCUACAAACCAACCUGCUACGAACAUGCUGCUAAUUGCUACACGCACGCAUUCCUCAUUGUUCCAGCCAUUGUGGGCAGCGCCCUCCUCCAUCGGCUAUCUGAUGACUGCUGGGAAAAGAUAACAGCAUGGAUUUAUGGGAUGGGCCUUUGCGCCCUCUUCAUCGUUUCCACAGUGUUUCACAUAGUAUCCUGGAAAAAGAGCCACUUAAGGACAGUGGAGCAUUGUUUCCACAUGUGUGAUCGGAUGGUCAUCUACUUCUUCAUUGCUGCUUCCUACGCUCCAUGGUUAAAUCUCCGUGAACUUGGACCCCUGGCCUCUCAUAUGCGUUGGUUUAUCUGGCUCAUGGCAGCUGGAGGAACCAUUUAUGUAUUUCUCUACCAUGAAAAGUAUAAAGUGGUUGAACUUUUCUUCUAUCUCACAAUGGGAUUUUCUCCAGCCUUGGUGGUGACAUCAAUGAAUAACACGGACGGACUUCAAGAGCUUGCCUGCGGAGGCUUGAUUUACUGCUUGGGAGUUGUGUUCUUCAAGAGCGAUGGCAUCAUUCCAUUUGCCCAUGCCAUCUGGCACCUGUUUGUGGCCACAGCAGCUGCUGUGCACUACUAUGCCAUUUGGAAGUACCUUUACCGAAGUCCCACGGACUUUAUUCGACAUUUGUGACCAGUCCGCGCUAGGUCUUGAAAUCAGUAUUAUCUCAACGGAGGCACUUGAGUGGGGCGAGAGCUGAGUGUUGCACACAGAAGAAUGAGCAACUUGCACUGACUUCAUUUAAUUAUUUUUUUUUUUAAUAUAAUUACUGUGAAAGUAUAAAAGCUGUGCCCUGGAGUUCUCCUCCCACAGCCAGCAAAUAAGGUAGUGAAUUAAUUCUUCAUUCCAUUCCACUAUCAUGAAGGACUCUGGAUAGACUUGGCCAACUGAUGUUUACAAACCAGAAUUUUGUAUUUUCAUUUUACAGAUUUUAAACUAGGUGAUUUUUUCUAAAUUGCUAGGUCAGGAUGUCAAAGUCAGUGCAAUAACACAACUUCCUUUUUUAGAAAAACAAAAGUUGUUUCUAUCACUUUUCCCGUUCACUGUGUAAAGAAUCAUGGAAACUUAACACUACUUUUUUACCAUGUUUCAUCUUGACAUGACAUGGUUAUUUUUUAAAGAGAAGAGGCUUAAGUUCUUUUGUAAAUUUUUAAAGAAACUAUUCCAUGAAGUGGGCCCCACGGUUCCUCAUUCACGUGAAGCUCUGCAGCAAACGGUCAACAUUCCACAAACAAGCAUUAUACCUCCUCUGACAGUUUUAUUAAGUGUGGAGAGUUUGCCAAUUAAAAAAAAAAAAAACACAAAAGCAAAAAAACCUGCAGUUUUCCAAACUUUUCUGCCAAUCUCUGACCCUGAAGUCAGGGCUGCUUUGGGCUGAUAACAACCUGACCUGGUGUGGUCCACCAGUGAUGAGAAAGUAUUUUGAUAUCAUCAACUUUUCCAGAAGACAUAACUUCACUCUAUGCCUUUGCCACGUUUUCUCCAGGACCUCUUACCACAGCGGAGGGUCCUGUGUGUCCUGAGAUAGUAUUGUUGGGUUGGCGAUCUGCCAGACACUUCUCGUGAGCGUGCUGAAUGAUAGUGAAUCGUUGUACUGCCACGUUGGUGCCCAACGCUUCAGUCAUUGUAGUUCAGUCACUUAACUUUAUUGUAUCAGUUUGAUAUUCAUUUUGAAUUGUGGGACUAGACGCAUAAAUUCACAUCUCUGCCUUUUCCUCUGCAUUUCUCAACAUACUAUUUUUUUUUUCAUUCCAUGUAUAAAACAUUUUGAUUGACAGGUAGAAACUCGUGUCAGUGAUCCAUGGGUUUUACGCUGACUCAGUGGAGUGGUAUUUGUAUAUUAUUUCUAGUUUUCCCUCAGUGUCUUAUAUUAAGAUCGAUGUAUUAGUUGCUUUCUUGAACCUCUCUUGGUGUUUAAGUGAAGCCCCCUUGCCCUUAGAUCAGAUGUUAAUAUAACCUGUUUGUCUAGAAGUAGGCUUGCUCAGUGGAACUAUUAGAUUAAAGAUAUGCUUUAUCCAUUGAAGUGCUGUACAGCUGUAAGUUGAAAAGAAAGUUUAUUUUGUAUGUCUGUCCAGGCUCUGACUUGGGUAAACUGUAGAGACGCGACAGAAGCACUGAUACUUGCUGGUGGUUUCUUCAGUAGGCAAGGACACCCAAGGAUAACACCAGCCAGGCCACUGUGUAUGCAUGACCGAACAAGUGGGUGCGUGUUGUUUUGCUCUGUAUAUGUUCCUUUACAUAUAUUCACUUUUUGUGGAUCCAUCGAAAGUGCUCCUAAGCCACACUGUCAAAAACCACUAACAUGUAUGUAAAGCCUUGUGCUGUAGAUUAGAAUAAAGUUGUUACUUUAUUGA